UGGUGGAUCCGGAAGGAAAACACAGCUCUAACCUAAGACCAACAAAACUCUCACACGGAGAGAGAAGGAAAAAAAAAGAAAAAAAGUGAGAGUUUCACAUCCUUGUCAUCUUCCAUCUUCACUUUCAAUGGAGGAUAGGAAAGAAGAUGUUAGAAUAUACAUAAUCUCGUUUCUUUUCUUCUCCUGCAUAGUUUGUGGAGGUGUCUUGCUCUCCAUCUACCUUUUUCUUCCACAAUCACAAUCCUCAACUUGGUAUCCAAUCGCAGGACUAAUUCUUGUUGGGGUCCCAUGGCUCUUCUGGUUCUUGGCAUAUUUAUAUCGAUGCAUCAGACCCGGCCAUGAUAGAUCCGAAAUCAACGAGGGCGGUUGCAGUAAUGGCAGACCAUGCCCACCUGCCGUCUCCGCCACGAGCGAGGAGGAGUGCCCUUUAGACUCUCCAUGUGGCGGUGGUGGGGAACGCCGAGUGCAUUUCGGGGCGGUUGUUGUGUUGGGAAAAGAGGCAGAUCAGGGUGUUGGACAAAGAGGACAUGACAUUGUUGUGACAGAGACUAAUGGUAACUCCGCAGUGGAUGAACAUGAACGUCAUCAUGAUAACAACGGUUUGGUUGGAUUUAGGGAGAGCGAAAUGCCAUUGUCUUUGAGAGUUUCAUCUUGAUAAUAAUGAAUCAGGUACGUCAAAAAGUGCAAGUUAUUGAUAUGUGUUUGCCAUGGCUGUAGGUUUCUGUUUUUUUUUUUUUUUUACAAUCAAAGUUAUGGACAAGAAAAAAGCAUGCUAUAGAGAAAUAUUGGGCUACAUCCAUGGAUGCCAAAAAAAAAACAUUGCAGUGAAAGGGACCAAAUUUAGUAGACAUAGCACAAAUUUAGUUUCUUUAUCAAAUUUAUUUUUGAAAUAUCUUCACAAGCAAGGGCUUGAGAGAUCCAAAAGUGAUAUAAAACUAUUUUCUCUAUACAAACUAUGGAAGUUGGCUUAUAAGUCUCUUGUGAAAAUUUUACCAUUCUGCUAGUCUGCUACAUUGGAAAAGACUAGAGGCCUCAGUUAAAUUAUCUAACCCUAGAACCGUACAAUGUAAAUUAAGAACGCCCUGGAAUUGCUGUGGCAUAUGGAUUUUAUUGCGCGCGUUUGGAGAGUAAUACUAAUACAAACUUUUUGCUUGGUUUAUGUGUAGCAAUUUUAAAUAUAUUUUUUAGUAAUUCGGAGAGGGUAUUAGAACCUUAGAUGUCUCUGUUUGUGUCACGUCUCGAAUGUAUUCAACAAGUCUAGGUCUAGUAUAGCCUAAGGCUAACAAACCUCAAGAGUCUAACUAUUGUCUCCACAAAUUUAGUAAGACCAAAUUACCAACUAUGAAUAAUGAGAGUCUCCCCAUAAACAUAAAUUUAGUUUUGAAUUUCAGUAUAUAUAUACUUUCUUAAUGGAGAAGAAUAUUUUAUUUAUGUUUUGGCCCAUAAAGAUAAAUUUUUUAUUUUGUCCCUAUGAUUAGCGGCUUGUUUGGUUAGAUGGAAAAGGGAGAUAGAAAUGGAAGAUUUCAUUUGUUUAGUAUGGUGGAAAAUAUGGAGAAUGGAAGAAAGUGUGUGGAGUAUUCCACCGAGUCCCACCAAAAACUAAUCUCUCAAUUUGGGAGGAAAAGUGGGAAAUACAUGUUUUUUUUUUUUACUAGGAAUUUACU